AUGUACACCUGUGAUAAAACCGUCUUCAAGAAUCAUGGACUUGCUUUUGUUACAGCAUUACUUUUUGCUGUGCAUCCUGUUCACACAGAGGCGGUGGCUGGGAUUGUUGGCAGAGCUGAUGUGUUAGCAUGUCUCCUGUUCCUGUUGGCCUUCCUCUCCUACAAUAGGAGUCUGGAUCAGUGUUGUGCUGGGGAAUGUUUCCCUCCCACGGCUUCUCCCUUCUUCUUGCUGCUCAGUUUGUUUCUGGGGACCUGUGCAAUGCUGGUGAAAGAGACUGGAAUCACCAUGUUUGGAGUGUGCUUGGUUUGUGACCUGUUCUCCCUCUCCCACAAGCAAGACAUGACGAGCAAGGGGGUCAUCCAUCAGCACAGCCUACAGCAGCCUGGGAGCCCCCAGCCCUCCUCACUGGCAGCCCACCCCCACCGGGAGAACGGGAAGCAGCAGUUCCCUCACAAGGGAGCUUGGGGUGGCUGCCAUUCCUCACUUCCACCAGCACCCAAGAGCAGUGGAUUCCCAGUGUCACUGCGAGCUGUGUGGUCCCUGAUGAG